ACUCCACUGAUUGGCUGGGCUGGAUUUGGGGGCGGGGCUGCGUUAAGUAACUUGUGAAGAGUUCAUAGAGUGUGCCCUCGUCGGGUUUUAAUAUUGUCAACGACAGUUUAUGAUAGCAGUCAGGCGGCUGUAGACCUCAGUCCGACCUUCUGGGACUUGUGCUGUUUUGUUUUUUUUAACUUAACCUCAAUAUUUUCCAUCGAUACGUACUUCUAAAUUUUGCUACCGUUUGUGCGAAAUAGAGGGAAGAUGUCAACAGAGAUCCCGGAGAUUUUCAGGGCUCUUCUUGAGCAUCCAUUUACUCUCCCAAAUUUCGACGAUAAUGGUAAGUCGCAACUAAAAGCACUACAUUGACACGUUGCCUUCGAUGUUUCAUUUAAACCACGUCUGCAUGAAAAGCUGUGUGUAUUUUUUCUGCAAAGAGGAUUGCUGGAGCUUUUAAUACUUUGUAAAGUGCUUUUACAUUUCUGCAAACAACUGCGUGUUUGUUGCGUAAUCUUAGUCAGCUGAUUUGCAUGGGAGUUAGUUCAGCUACUGGGCUGCAGGAAUCUCUUCACUUGGUUUCUUCUGAAUUCAAAGUUGCUUUUUUAUUGGACCAGCUCAAUUAACCCUGUCAAAAGCAGCACCCAUGACUGCAAAGGCGCAUAAGACAUCCGCAACAGAAAGUGGGUAUAUUGUUGCGCACCUCCACCUUAAGAAAUAAAAUGAAUCCUGUCGGUGUGUAUGAGUGAAUCAAGACAUUGGUGACAUCAAGAGCGACCAGAGACACAUUCCUUACUAGUCAGGCCUUAUUAGUCAGAGUAAUGGAUGUGAAACCACCAGUUGCUGGGUAACGCCAUUAAAGCUGCCUGAUCAUUAGUGUCACAUUUUGGAACAACAUCCUUAACAUGGCGAAAGAAAAGCUGUGACAGUCAGGCCCCAAUUAUCUCCAAUCUCAGUGCUGCAGCAUUAUACUGUGAAAUACUCUGAGAGGAACCAUUCUCAGUCCACAACGCCAGCGUGGGUUGUCUGUUGUAAAACUGGCCUGUGCGUCCCUUUUGAUUCCCUGUUAAGCAAAUGCCACAGGUGUCCUCCGUCUCCAACUGGAUCCUGGCAGUUUUAGGAGAAGCAGAUGGUUGCUGGUGGUCGAAACUCGGUCAUGUCGAGAGGGAACCCCUUGUUGACAGAGUUAACCAUGAUGGUCUUCAUUCAUCACUGUGUGAAAGUAAAAUGAAGCAUAUGGUGCUGCUUGUCUUCGUGUAUAACCCUGUGUGCUUAGAUCACCUGCUUUCAUUAGUCAAUGUUGAGAGGAUCUGUGUCUUUGUGUGUUUGAAGGGGCUUUUGUAGCUGCAUGAUCAGAUCACUAGAUGGCUCUGUCUAGCCUCUAUAGACUGUGUUGAGGUUAUUCAGAAUGAAGUAUCAGUGCAUUAAGAGUUUUCUUUCUGCUACUAGCCCCAUUCAUAAAGAUUUACAUCAGUACUCAGGCAAGUGUUUGCUUGUUUCAGGCGUUUUUAAAGCAACAACACCAUAUGCACAAUUAAUGGCAAAUCCAUCUUAAAUUUUUGCCUGUAUCCUAAUAUUUGAUAAUCAUAAUUUCAUCAUAUUUCAUGUGCCUGUACUGUAAGGUCUGUUCACAUGUGAUUGCUCAGAAUUUGCUUCAGAGGCCUUAAAGUUGUUGCAUCUUUAUUUUUAAUUGAUGCCAACUUCAGCUCCUGUGGAAAAACACUGAACAUCUGUUCUGGUCACAUCAUGUUUUCGCUUGAGAGCUGAACCAUUGUAUACUAGGAUUUUAUCUCCCAUGAGGGAUGACAAAUGGUAAAAAGUAUGAAAAGCAUCAGGCAAGUUUGCUGCAAAUUAACUACUUAAUUUAACAGCAUCAGAAUUUAAAAAAUCUAUUGAAUGGACAACUUAGUAAAAUCACAGCUUUUCGGUGUAUUGCCUUUCUGUUAAAACUGCACAGUCAUGAUGACUGAAAACUUUCAUUUCCUGUUAAAUUCAUUUACUUUUAAUUCAGUUUGUCUGACAGGCUAAUGGCAUUGUGGACUGACUGAUUGAAUUUAGUGUAGUGAUGCACGUAAGUAGAGGAGAGCCCACACAUUUUUGCUCCUAUAAGGUACUGAUACACGUGAAGGCUCCACAAACAAGAACUUACUAUUUUUUUCUUUAUUAUAACAGUGAGUCAGUGUAAAGUGUGCUCACAAUGUUGCCUUGCCACACUUGUGGGAAUGAGAAGAAAUGUGCAACAUCUAUAUGCAAAGAGGGUUUUUGCAGUCUCUCACGUCACAGGCCUAAUAGUUGAUUUUGUUGGCAUUUUGGGGUGUAACAUGCAGCAGCAAAUGCCAACAGAUGUACAUCAAAGAUUUUAUUGGUGAAAAUGUCUAUUUGCUUGUAACUUCUCUGUCAAGUGAGCGUUUAUAUGAGUCUGUGGUUGAGAGUGUGUUUCUGUUUCACCAGUUAUUUGAUGACCAUUCAGAAAAUUUAGACGCUGACUGUCAAGAUAUUUGUGGAGUAAUUUGGGCAUUUUUUUACUUAAGAUGUGACGUACUCUUAAUGCUAUUUCUCAGGUAGUUUACUGGCAUUUUCUUGAUGCCACGGGUUUCAAAUGACAGCUUUCAUUGUUGAACAUGUGCUUACAGUAGCAGCUGACCUUGAAAGCUUUGUCCUUGCUUUAAUGUUGUGUCAAAAACAGACCAUGCCCACGAGACAAAACACCCUUCCCACCCUCAUAACUCAGGUUUGGACUGAACUAAGUGGCCUUUUGCCACCAUUAUACUGCUGUUGGUAUAGAAACAGAAUUUAUGUGUUAGGUGGAAAGGAUGUGGUUUGUCCAAGCACAGAAAUCCUUGAUAAUAAAAUAAUACAGCUUUUCUGUUUCGAGUUGGAUUGUCUCUGUUUUCAUGUGAUUCAAUGAAAACCACAAAUAAACCAAACACCUUUAUCCACAAAUACCAAAUAAAGGUAAGCCACCAAAUUUAAUUAUACAUUCAGGACAGCACAGUUUAUUUUUUUCAUGCAAGUAGUGUAAAAUCAAGCAGGUUCUUAUUUAAGGUUAGGGGCAAAAGUGUCAACCACCUUCAAAGAGAAAACAAUGCUGUAGGCUUCAUGUUGCAUCAGGACUCCUAUGGCUGCAGACGUGUAGUUAUGGCGCGCCUCCAUUGGACGCGGCGUGUUGACGAUGUUAUGGCCAACUUUGCACGUGUUCUUACACGUGUGUGGUGUUGUCAGCGCAUCAUAUGGCGGCCAGUUCUUAGGAUGUAGAGACUUUUGGACAAAGUGGCGCCAUGAGUUGAUGAGCGACCAUUAAUGCAUGAAUGACUUAAUACGUGGAAGGUAUACGCACUUUUAGUGGGACAUUUUUAGCAGGAUUGUUUGAUACUGCACCAAAACCCAUGUUCAUGUUUUGACGGUGGAUUUAAAACCCUUCUGAAUGUAUUCGGAUCAAAGUAAUUUGUAGCCCGUUCGUCGACUUUCCCUUCACCGAGAAACGGUAAAAAUGCAGCUGGAAAACAAGCAUAAAUGCCCAGAUUAGGUCAACAGGUUCGAUUUAGGUCAGACUAUACUGCAAUGUGUGUCAAUGCUUGCUGCACGUGUCAUACAUCUGCGUUACCGAGCAGGACAUAUGUAACUCGGUUAACCAAUCAGACCUUAGUAAGCCUGUCCCUGAAAACCACUAUUGGCUCUUAGAGGAAGGCCCCGCCUCCUUGUUCAUAAAGAGCUAAAUAUUCAGGAUGUUCAGGCCAUCUCCGCCAAUCAGCGCUCAGCUGGGAGGCUAUUCGAUAUAGGGGCGUGGUUUGUCCAGCAUACCAAAGCCGCCUCGCUAUCAAAUUCUCCAAGGAAGUGGGCUAAAAAACGGAGCGAGCUGUGCGGCUUGACAUCGAUGUAGACGGUUUUUGCAACUUUAAUGCAUGUUUUUCAAAGGUAGAAAUCUUCACAACAACGCGGAACAUCAGUGAAACCGAGUGAAUAUCCAGCUAUAUCGAUUUUUACGGGACAACUGCUGAGUUUGCUUCUCUGUUGGUUGCUGUGCGGAGAACGAUAACAAAGGGCAUAAUGUCGGAGGAGCCAAUUGUUAUCACUCUGGAAACGGUCACCGGGGCCCCGAGCUCAUUCCCGGUGGUUUUAAAGAAGAUAAUGGAAAUGCCUCCGCCGAACAUACUGGAUGGCGACGAUGGUACGUGCGAUGAAUUAACGAAGACAUGAAAAAGGACGGUGUAGCGCCGACUCAACACGAGUGCCGCCGAAGAAAGUCGAAGUCACAUGGGGCUCAUUGGCGUUAAAAUAAGGAUGAUAUGGGCAAUUUAGUGUUAAAUUAGUCCAUUAGUUUAUAACGAAAUUUUUAGGAUGUUUGCAAAUUUGCAGUAUUAGGCCAAGUGAAAAAGGUAAAGCGAUGUAACAUUUUCCUGGAUAAAAACAGAUUAUAAAUGUUUCUACUGCCUUCAUUGUAAACAAUUAAUCAUCAUGCCCCCAUUCCUGAUGAGAUCAAUACCAUUAUCAGAUUAGUUUGUACCAUCAUCCAGACUUAAGAGACACACCCGUGAUCUUUAAUGCAGUUUCGUUGACAGGAAGUUGCUGUUUUCCCAGCUGCAGUGGUUAUGUUUUUAUGCCGUAAAAAUAAGGCAUUAGUAGAUUACAGUUUACUACCUUCUCAGUUCUGUUAUAUGAGCUUCCAGCUUCAAAAAUAAAAUGUAAAACUCUAUUAUAUACCACAGUGCUUUUAACUAAUUUGUCCAGUAUAACAACCUGCUCCUAACAAAUGUAUGUUAAGUAGAUCGGUUCCAUGAGAAUGUAACACCAUUUAAAUGUAUGUGCAAACUUACACACAUAUGACUGAAUCUGGAUUUUUCUGCACCUGCACUAUGGUAUUAAAAAUAAGACCAAAGAUGUGAACAACAGUAUGACACUUGAAAGCAGACCAGCUUUUGUAAAUGUUAUGUAUGUCAUGUUCUGCAAAGUUAUGCUGUCCAAGGGCAACUUGAAUUGGAGAGUUUGUAAAAAAGCUUUUAUGGAAAUAUGAUCUCUUAGUCCAGUCAAAGAAUACAAUGACAAAAGUGAGGGGAUUGUUGCCAAGAGGGGGAAAUGACCCCUUAUCUCUUAAUAAAGAAAGAAACUAAUAUUGCAUGUGCAGUUAACUCCCGCCGACUAUCAUGUGUGAGUUUUUUAUGAGUGUCUCUAAAUUUGAAUGUGUGUCUCUUGUUUUGUUCUCAGACACCGACAAAGAGAAGCUGUGUCUGGAUGAUAAUGUCGACCUUGGGGUAGGAGGAAGCGAUAUGGGUCCUUCAGCCGCUUUGACCCCUGCUAUUUGGGAUAAAACCAUUCCCUACGAUGGGGAAAACUUCCACCUUGAGUACAUGGACCUCGAGGAGUUCCUCAUGGAAAAUGGCAUCCCCACCUUACCUGACGAAGACUCCUCCAAGGGCAGCCAGGGAAACACAGUUAAGACUCUGAAAGUGAAGGCCUCUUCCUCUCCGCAGCUGAAGGUUACCAAGCCAGUUACCGUGUCCCCAGUGGCCCUGCUGCCCAUUCAGGAACUGGACAGGUGCGACGAGGAGGUCUUGAUCAUCAAGGGUGACUCUGAGAUCAUCUGUGAUGUCACUGCAGGUGAGUGGAGAGUGGACGAUCAGAAAGAGGUGGCUGCAGUUUCAGAAAAACACAGAAAAAGUUCACCUAAUGUCAAAGGAUGAAGACAUCACAUAGAAAAGUGGUUAAACCGUAGAUUAAACUGCAAAUGUAGUGAGAAAACGUCCAAACACACGUGUUAAGUCAAACACCUUGCACACAUUGACUUUACCAGCUGAAUAUCAGUUACCUCGUAAGUCUUUUCUAGCAGUUUAGAAAUAUGAUUAUUUGGCACCGACUCAAGUGUCAGAUUUACAAAUACAGUGGACUGAUUUCAAGUGGUCAGUCUAUCCUGGAACAAGCCACGGGUGGUCGUAGUUGUUAGGACGACAGAAAUAGAUACCGGUGUCUCUGCAUUGCAAAAAUAGUAGUGUUUAUAGGGGGACAAUCAGCCGUUGCUACAUGUUGUACCAACGCCCAUGCACUGUAGAAGUGAAGAAAAGCAUCAUAGCAUCUGCUGGAAAUGUCUAAUAUUCUACUUCUGUCUGCUCAGAGGUGAUCACUGAAGACGACCGGGCAACACCAGAGCCCGUUAGCCCUGAUGAGAUUGAGGUUGAUGUCAACUACGAACCAGAUCCCACAGACCUGGUCCUGUCCAGUGUGCCUGGAGGCGAGCUCUUUGAUCCCCGCAAGCACAAGUUCACUGACGAUGAACUCAAGCCUCAGCCCAUGAUCAAAAAGGCCAAGAAGGUGUUUGUGCCCGAAGAACAGAAGGUAUGCUGGGAGAGAGAUGAGAAGGACCUGAAAAGAUAAAAUAUUUCAGUUUGUUCAUGUUGUUUAUUCAAAACACCCCAAUGAACACGCUUAAGUUUAAUAAGAAUCAGUAUUUAACUAAAAUAAUUUCACUAACAGCUUGUAUGUGUGGGGGUGUGCAGACACCUCUAGAUGACCUAAAUUAGAAGCAUGUUACUUAAGAAAUACUAUAAUUUCCAUAUGGUUAUUUUGACGCCUGUCACCGGGUUGUUCAUAGAAUCUGUAAACAAACUGCAUCCAGCUACAGUAGCUUUUGUUAAAGUCUACAUUUCAACAGCAAAGACUCACAGAGAGUGAUUUGUUGAGAAGUGAAAGAGGCAGUAGAGAAAAGAGGACACUUGUCACCAUGACUUGCCAAAAUUAAUUUAGUCUCAGUGGCUGCAUUGGCCAACCUUUCUUGACAUUAAGGAUUUUCAUCAGAUUUCUGCUGAUUUUGUCAGAAAGAGACAUCCCUGUUAGGUCAGGUCAGUUUCACAACCAACUCAAAAACUUACAUCAACCAGUAUAUUCAUUUGCUUGUGUUAUGAAUACAAUACAUCCUUAUUUGGCCACCUAAUUUCAAAGUAGGAGUCAAACUUUGCCCCAGUAAAGCUGAUCUGCAGACUCACAGUGACUCAGCAGUCUCAAAAUGUUCAAAUUGAUGUUUUCUUCCUCUCCAGUCUGCAUGAUAACACAGGCUUUGUGUACAGUACAAAGGAGGCUGGCAGGCAGCCAUGAAUACGCAGAUGACCGUGGUCAGAAAGAAUGACAGGAUCUGGUGUCGCUCUCCCAUCUCAAUCCAACUGUUCUUCUCUCCUCCAUGUCUUUCCAGGAUGACAAAUACUGGCAGAGGAGGAAGAAGAACAACGUGGCAGCCAAGCGCUCACGCGACGCCCGCAGGUUAAAGGAAAAUCAGAUCACGGUGCGAGCGGCUUUUCUGGAGCGCGAGAAUGCAGCGCUGCGGUCGGAGGUGGCCGACCUACGGAAGGAGUGCGGCCGCUAUAAGAAUGUCGCCGGGCGCUACGAAGCCAAAUUUGGACCACUGUAAGGGCCCAAAUAUGAGAGAAACUGAAUCCACGUACCAGACAGCACAGUAUCAGUCACUCUGCUCUCACAUGUCAGGGGAAAGACCUUGUUGGGCAGUUUUUACAAAAUAAUCCUGAUAGUAUGUAAAACCAGCAGAUUCGCCAACACUGUCCUGCUGUAUGGAGAAAGUUAAACACAGGAAGGGGAUGAUGGUUAAUACCCCUCAGAGAUACACAGUGGUAUUAUUAACCUUAGUUGAUGUGUCAGGUACAAAACCAUAAACAGCGUAGUAUGAUACACAGGAAAAUGUUAACCUCUCCCUCCUCUUCCUCCUGUCAUUUACCCCUUUUCUCUUCUCUUUCAAGUGCUGUGCUGGAAGACCAAUAGACAGCAGUUGAUUUAUUCAUUUAUCUUUCUAUGAAUCAAUAAAUCAUACUGAAAACAGAAUCGAGCAGAUGAAGAGGAUGAAGAGGAGGAGAGAAUGUGUGAGAGUGUGACUGAUGACCAUUGCAAAAGCAUGUAGAGUCAUAUCGCUUUUUUUAAUUUCAUUUUUUUAAUGAAGUCUUUUUACCAUCCAUGCAGAUAUUUGAGUGCUUCUCCAGUACACCCCCUUUUAAACGCGUGUAUACUCAUCAUGUUUGUAUGCCUUCAGCCGAAAGAGAUCAUUUAUCAUGUUUGAUUUUGGAGGACUGUGGGUUUUAUUUUCUUUAUAGGUCUUAGAAAAGUAGAAGUAAUGAUAGUUCAGACUAUAUUGUAAUUCAUUAUUUUGGUAAUGUAGAAAUAGUAUUGAAGGUUGCUUCCAUGUUUUUCCACAUUUGAAUGAGUUGUGAGACCCACUUGUCCACUCUUACUUUCAAGUUUUACAAUACGUGGGAGGAUUUGUGGAGUGAGGCUAAAAAUUGCAGACAAACUUCUGACUGUGACAUUUCCAAUAAAUUCAGCUUCUUCAGGGGAUUUCAGGGUCAUGGCAAAACAGGAGAGCCAUGUUCACUCUCUUCACGUUUUCAUAUCAGCAGUACAGAGCUCCUCUGUGCGUAUAUAUGUCUCACUGUCGCUCUUGUGCAGACUCUGGCACCUGCUUUCCUCUCUGUAGGCAGUCAGUGCUGAUUUAUGUCAGUAAUAUUUUGGAAAUGUCAUGUGACGAGUCCUCUCAUGCAUGUACUGUAAAUAGUUGUAGUCUGAUAUUGUUCUCUUUAGACUUCACUCAUAUGUAUUCAGUUUAACAAGAUUAAAACAGUAGAAACUGGGCUGGUCGAGUUUUUGACCAUCUGUUUUUUUGGGGAGAGAAGCAAUUUCAUUACAAAGUUUCUAAAUACAAGAGCUACAUUUACCUCCAUUACAACAGAAAGUUUUUAAGCGGGUUGUUGAAUGCAAAGACUUCAGAUCGUGCCUUACAAAAGGCAGCUGGAGAUGUAAGGUUUGUCUCUGUAAGCCUAGAAAGAUUUUAAAAUGAUCAUGUUUAUCAGAAUCUUUAUAUUUUUGACAACAAAUUGCUUGAAAUCAGUCAAAACCAGAUGUUCAAGGACAAGAUGUAAAUACAGAUUGUAUCAUUAGACUGUAAACAGUGUUGUGAGGAUGUUACAGUGGACACAUUUAUCACUCCAUUACUCAUCCUGUCUUUUACCUUUGUGUCUGAGUGUCGUUACUUUCCUCAAGCUUUUAAGUAAAUGUUAUGCUGCCGAUUCUCAUCUUUCUGUUUUGACAAACCGGUAGCCAUUUAGGUGCAGACUGUAUCGGGGCAUCUCUUUUCUACAGGGACGCCCAAAACUCUUAAAGCCAUUUCAAUGCAGCACACAGUCUGCCAGUUUACAGGGGACAUAUUGUGUUUAACAACCUCAGAAAAUUCAAUUUGUUACUCAACCUAGGAUCAAUUUUCUGUCCAAUUCUAAAAAAAAAAAAAAAAAAAAAGGGAAAGAUUUGCUUUUUCUGGCUGUGCUUCCAUCCAUAUACGUGACUCCUAACCAAAAUGCAUUCAAUAUUAUUGUAUGGGAUAGGGUCUCACUGUGUCAUAAAUGUUAUUACAGUGGAGAACAUUUCUCUAAUGGCACAAAAAUGAGGGGGGGGGGGGGGUAUCAGCAAUUUAAGCUUCUUGACUUGUUUUUCAUUCUUUUAAAGCUCAAGUGCAAUCUCCAAAAGUCAGGAACUGAUUUUUUAAAAGUUUUGUUCUGAGUCUCAGUCUCAAUAUGACCGUACAACUCUGAUGAAUCGAAACAAUAAUUCCAAAAACUAUGGGCUUCCUUCCUGGUUUUAAUAUUGUGUUCAAUAUUUUCCACUGGAACAAAGAUUACAUCUGCCUUUUAUCUACAACAGGUCAAUUUAUUACCUUGAGGGGUUGUUUCUAACCUUCCUUGCUCUGUCUUUAUAUUUCUUUGUAUAAAAAUGUAUCAGCAUUUUGAGUGUGGCUACUAUUUGUGUCUUGUAUAUACAGUAUGUACAAAUAAAGCCUUGUGCAGAGAGUCUAA